CAGAAACACAAAAUAAUAAAGACAGAGAUCGUAAGACUAUACAUCUGUACAUCAGCAUGGCACAGUCGACGACGCCACCUCGAGCGCGGGCUCAUCCCAACGUCGGCCUACCACAAACCCUGCAUGCCACACACCAUGUGCCGAGGGAUGCCCGAGUGAUCGUCGUCGGCGAUGUCCAUGGCUGCUUCGACGAGCUCAAGCAGUUGAUCCACGACGUGGAAUACGAUGCCUCCAGCGACGUCCUGGUCUUCGUGGGAGAUUUGGUGAACAAGGGUCCAAACUCCGUCGAUGUCGUCCAGUUUGCGCGACAGAGCGGUGCGUUGUGCGUGCGUGGGAACCACGACGACGCGGCGUUGAGUGCGUGGUACUUGCGCCAACGCGGCACCAAGGACGAUGCGAGAUACGAGUACACCGACGGGUUGUCCGCGGCCGACAUUGCGUUUCUGGAGCAGCUUCCCUUCACGAUCGACCUGCCCGAGAUCAACACAAUGGUCGUGCAUGCUGGCGUCGUCCCUGGGGUUCCCUUGGAGGAACAGAGCCUCGGGAUGCUGUACAGGAUGCGCUUCGUCAAGUCUUCCACGGCAUUCGAAGGCCAGCAAGCGGGCGCGUCGUUGUGGGCGUCCACGUACCACGGACCAAAGCUCAUUGUGUUUGGCCACGAUGCCAAGGCUGGCCUCCAGGACACUCCGUUUGCACUUGGGUUGGACACGGGGUGCUGCUACGGAAAGCGACUCACGGCCGUGAUCUUGCCUGAGCGGCGGUUGGUGUCGGUCCCUGCCUUCAAGACCUACACUUCUACCCCUACCCCUACUCAAUCGUGGGGCGGGUGGUUCUGGUCCAUCUUCGUGGCGCCGGCUUACCAUUUGUUUGGCGGUCGCAAUGAUUAAUCAUAGUACUAACACUUGAAAACUAGUUACAUGAUUACACUAAGGACACUACAUCGAGGGAGGGUUGCUAUCGUACACGCCGACGGCGGGACUUAGGGCUGUUCGCGACCAUGCUUGAUGCAGAACCCGUUCUUCUGCACCCACUUCUCGCAUCCGUCCGCUUUGCACCGCACGCCGCCGCCGUGACCGCGGCAAAACCCGCGGCUCUGACUGCUCUUGGGACAACUCGGGUACUUACACCUGGCACCGCCGCCGUGGGCUUUGCACAGACCUCGACUUUGAGACGUCUUGUCGCAGUUGUCGAAGGAACACGGGGUGCCGCCGCCGUGCGCAAUGCACUUCUUGUUCGCUUGCGCACUUUUGCUGCAUCCUGGUUCGGUACACCGCUUGCCGCCGCCAUGCGACCGACAGAGUCCCUUGGAACGUGCGACGUUUUUGCACGACUUGGUGCGGCACACGCGGGUGGAGCCCCUGUUCAACGGAUCGCUUUCUUCGUCGGGUUGGUCUUCGUCAUCUGACGAGGACGAGUUGUUGUGCAAACUCAUGUGCUGCAACGCAGUGGGCGAAGGACUCCAGCUGGACGCGGCAGUACUAGAGCUGGAUGAAUACCGAGGCAUGAGAUGAGGAGCGGCACCGUUGCUAUUCCAGCUGUGCGAGAGCGAGAACUCAGACUGGUACUGCGACGAUGGAGGUUGGCGUUGAUGGAGGAAGUGGUUGUGGCUUGGGGUCCAGCUAUGGGGGAGCGGGAUCUCAUUUUUGAUUUGAAACUCCAGGUGGUUGUUAAAGCGAGUGACUUCGGGUUCAGAUGGAUGGAGUUGGUCGUCUAAGGCACGACGGCUUUGUGGCAUGUACUCCCCAAGACUCAUGGAACGCAGCUUUGGCAGAGCCAGAGGGACAGGUUCAGUCGAUGCAGAGUAGCUGUGAUGCUGUUGUUGGUUGGACAGCGAUGGGAGUGACAUCCCUGAGGUACCGUAUGACGGAAUGGGAAUGGGCUGGGAGUGGGCGGGGUUGUUCUCCAUGGGAUGGUACACGCUCUUGGUGGAGUCGAUGCUCGCAAGCGACGGCAGGGAUCGCUUCGACACGGGCUGCUCCCACAUGCUCAUGGAUCGACGGGAUACAUGAUGAUACGAGAACGAGUCCAUCGGCGUCGUAGUUCUGCGCGUGAGGAGGCGAA